AUGUUUCGGAUCCGUCGAAUUCCUGUAGGAUCUGAUAAAAUUCUGUAUUGGAUCCGAAAAUCGGCAACGAUCAAAACAAAGUUAGAAGAUCUUGGCAUGGACGAAGAAGAAGAUGUAAUUCCUUUACCAAAUGUUAAUUCGGCGAUUUUGAAAAAAGUAAAUCUCUUUUGUCUUGAUAAAAUGAAUGAUCUUCUAUUGGAAUCAAAGGUUAUUCAAUGGGCAACUCAUCAUAAAGAUGAUCCACCUCCACCAGAAGAUGAUGAAAAUCGCGAGAAGAACACGAGUGACAUUUCAUCUUGGGAUCAAGAUUUUCUCAAAGUUGAUCAAGGAACACUUUUCGAACUUAUUCUCGUGUGUAGUUUUCGAUUUGUUUGUCUUUCCUAUUCUUCUCUCUUCUUUCCACAGGCUGCAAAUUAUUUGGAUAUCAAAGGUUUACUCGAUGUUACAUGUAAAACAGUAGCCAAUAUGAUCAAAGGCAAAGCAUCCGAAGAAAUUCGACGUACCUUCAAUAUUAAAAAUGAUUUUACUCUUCAAGAGGAAGAACAAAUCAAAAAAGAGAAUGAAUGGUGCGAACAGAAAUAA